AUGGUGGCUUUGUGGUGGUUGUUCAUGGUGGUGGACGACAUUGCUUUGUCGCAAUGGUGUUCUCGAUGUGGGAGAGUUAUUGAUCAGGAUAAAUUUUCAAAUGAACCAACAUUUGUUAAAAAUGCUGCUGGACAGAGCCAAUUGACAGGAAAUUUUGUAAAGACUGUCCAAAGUGACUAUUCGGCUUCGCGGGAAAGGAUUUUGAGGAUUGCUUAUGAUGAUAUGAACAACUUGGCAAGAGGCUUGGAAAUGGAUGAUGCCGACAUUGUUCUUCGUCCAGCUGUAGCCUUUUAUACAAUUGCACUUGAACGAAAUUUCACUAGGGGGCGCAGGAGGAAGCUAGUUGAGGCUGCUUGCCUUUACAUUGCUUGUCGGGAAAAUAAAAAGCCAUUUCUUCUUAUUGAUUUCUCCGACUUCUUGAAAAUAAAUGUAUACGUUCUAGGUGGCACAUUCUUACAACUAUGCAAAUUGCUAAGCCUUGAGGAGCACUCCAUUGUUUAAAAACCUGUAGACCCUAGCCUUUUCAUUCAUAGAUUUGCAAACCGGAUAAUGGGAGGAUUAUUUGGUGAUGGUUACAUGGCAGUUUCCAAGACUGCACUUCGCAUUAUAGCUAGCAUGAUGCGAGAUUGGAUGCAGACAAGGAGAAAACCUGGUGGUUUAUGUGGGGCGGCAUUAUAUGUAUCUGCACUUUUACAUGGUCUCAAGUGCACCAAAUUAGAGAUUGUACAACUUGUUCAUAUUUGUGAAGCAACAUUGACAAAGCGGUUGAUUGAAUUUGAAAAUACGGAGUCAGGAGGCUUGACGAUUGAGGAGUUUAACAAAAAGGCAGAGGAACUUGAAAGAGAUUGUGGCUCGACCAAACAUUCAGAUAGUGGGUUUCAUUGUGUGGGGCAAAUGAAUUGCUUUGCGAACAUAAGGUUCGUAAAACUUUUUGGAGGGCUUGAUGGAGGAUCAGAUCCUCCAGCUUUUCAGCGUGCUGAGUGGGAGAGAAUGAUGGAGGAGGCUGCCUGGGAAAAUGCCAAUGUUCCAACUGAAGGUCUGAAAAACAGAGUGGACAAGUCAGGCCAGGUGCUACUCAAAGGAUGUCUCAAGGAUGGACUUUAUAGGCUGCAUUCAGCACCACUUUCUGCUGUUUCCAACAAUCCAAUUCAUCCUACUGCUUUUCAUUCAGCUAUUGACACUUCUACUGACCUUCCUUUCGUGGUUUAUCCAGACUCUGACCAUACUGGUUGUCGAGCCACUAGACGCUCCACAAGUGGGGACUUGGACAUACUAGAGAAUGGAAACAAAGAGGAGCAUUUUUCCUGGUCUGCCAGCAAAGGCCCUGCUACUGAUGACAUGGUUGUUAAUGAGGGUACUUGUGAUAAAUUCAAAGGAGUUGAUGGCAUGAGUAAUAUUGUUGAUGAUGAACCUGAAAUUUUUUCUGAUAUUGAUGAUACUGAGGUUGAUAGCUACCUUCUCAAUGAGCAGGAGAAACAAUACAAAAAGACAUUAUGGGAAAUAUUGAACAAGGAGUUUGUGGAGGAGCAAGACGCUAAGGAAGCAGCUGCCAAGAAAGCUUAUGAGGCAAAUUUUCACAACUAUCCAGAGAAAAUACAAGCUGCUCAGGAGCUUGCUGCAGCUGCAGCUGCAGCUGUGGCAAAAUCUAGAAAGGAGCAACAACAGAAACGAGCUGCAGAAGCCAGGAAUUUGGGUCCUGCUCAAACUGCUGCGGAAGCCACCCUCAAAAUGUUAACUAGGAAGAGACUCAGUUCGAAAAUCAACUAUGAUGCACUGGAGAAACUUUUUGAUGAUUCUCAGGAGGUUCCACAGAAAGCGAAGAAAAGUAGAAUUGAAUCAUCACAUUUUGAUGAUGAUGAGCUGCCACACAUUACCAAAAAGGGUACUGAGUCAAAGCAUGAUGAUAGAAGAGAUGGUGAAUGGGGGGCACCCGAAGAUGAAUACGGCGAGGAUGAAAGGGCCAUUGAGCAAGCACAUGACGACAAUUCGUACUAUGAAAAUUUAGGAGGAUAUGACUAUGAUGAUGACUUUGACUAUGAUGGGUUCUGAAUGUGACAACGAAGAAAGAUGAAUCCUAGUCUUUCCCCCCUCAUCUGGAAGGAGCUUCGA